AUGGACGAGAUUGCCAAUUUGUCGACCUUUGUUCCGCCAUCGGCUGUUAGCUCUGCGGAGCAACCCUUCCAGACUCUGGUUGAGGGCUUCGAGACUAUUGGGAAGACACUCGAAGGACUCAGCGGAUGGCAGAUUUUCUUCUCGAUCGUCAUCUUAUCGAUAACCUAUGAUCAAUGUCGCUAUAUCUGGAAUAAGGGGUCUAUUGUUGGCCCUUCUCUGAAGAUCCCUUUCAUGGGGCCUUUUCUGGAGUCUGUCAAUCCAAAGUUUUCGGAGUAUCUUGCAAAGUGGAAUAGCGGACCUCUCAGUUGCGUUUCAGUCUUUCAUAAAUUUGUUGUCAUCGCUUCAACUAGAGAUUUAGCUCGCAAGGUAUUUAAUUCCCCAGGGUAUGUUAGCCCCUGCGUCGUAGAUGUUGCCAAGAAAAUCCUUCGUCCUGAGAAUUGGGUUUUCUUGGACGGCAGAGCGCACGUUGAGUAUCGUAAGGGUCUCAAUGGAUUGUUCAGUCGUCAGGCUAUGGGCAUGUAUCUCCCUGGACAGGAGGAGAUUUACGACGUUUACUUCAAGAAGUGGUUGGAGCUUUCCAAGGAGGGAAAACCUAUCCCCUUCAUGUCCGAAUUCCGUGACAUCAACUGCGCCGUUUCCCUGAGAACCUUUGUUGGCCAUUAUAUUAGCGACGAGGCUGUUAAAGAGAUCUCUGAGAAUUACUACAAGAUCACUGCCGCCCUCGAACUGGUCAACUUCCCUAUCAUUCUCCCCUGGACAAAGACCUGGUACGGGAAGAAAUGCGCCGACUUCGUUCUUAAUGAAUUUGCUGCUUGUGCUGCAAAGUCUAGAAUCGCCAUGAAGGAGGGAAAGGAGCCUGGAUGCACUAUGGACUCGUGGAUCAAGUCGAUGAUGGAGGCCAAGGAAUCCGAUGCGGCCAAGGUCGCUGCCGCUAAGGGACUUCCUCAGAUCCGUGAGUUCAGUGAUAUGGAAAUUUCCAUGACGAUAUUCACCUUCCUUUUCGCGUCCCAGGAUGCUUCUUCCAGUGCUUCCACAUGGCAAUUCCAAAUUAUGGCCGAUAGACCCGAUGUUAUGAGGAGGAUUAGGGAGGAGCAGCUGCGCGUUAGGGAUGGUGACCCACACAAGAGGCUUGGUUUGGAUAUGAUCGACAAGAUGGUCUAUACUCGCGCUGUCGUCAAGGAGCAACUCAGAUAUCGUCCUCCGGUCAUCAUGGUUCCCUAUGAGGUCAAGAAGAGCUUCCAGAUCACCCCCGAGUACAAGGUUCCCAAAGGUGCUAUGGUCGUCCCUACUCUUUACCCUGCGCUUCACGAUCCCGAGGCUUACAAUGACCCCGAGAGCUUUGUUCCCGAGCGUUGGUUGGAGGGCGGUGAGGCGGAGGCAGCCAAGAAGAAUUGGCUCGUCUUCGGAGCUGGUCCUCAUGUUUGCCUUGGUCAGAAUUAUGCUAUUAUGAAUUUCAUGGCUAUGAUUGGCAAGGCAUCGCUAAUGAUGGACUGGGAACAUCAUGCCACACCAAAAUCUGAGGACAUUAAAGUUUUCGCGACAAUUUUCCCUGAAGACGAUUGUUUUUUGGUGUUCAAGGAGCGUGAUCCGUACGCCCCUGCUUGAUGAUUUACCUCUUCGCUUCCCCUCACUCCCCCCCCAUUUCUUACUUUGACUUCUAUAACUCCAAUACAUAAUUUUCAAGGCUUUUUUCCUCACUUGGAUUAUAAAUUUUUCUCUUGUUAUUUGGCUUUUUUUUCCAAUACCAUUUCUCAAUUACUGUUUUUCACUUUUUUACACCAUAUUUCUUUUGCUCUUGCUUUCCCUCAGGUGCGUUUUUGUCGUGUAGACAUGGUAAAUAUGGGA